GGUUGUUCCUAUUACAGUGUUAUGCAUGCCAGUGCCUAUACGCCAUGUAUCUAUUCCGCGUGCAGCUAUUGACGACACUCGUGAGCCUGCUUCCACGGAACGCGUGGGCCUUCUUAAAUCUCCAGCACAAUGGACACGUGCAUGCUGGACUUCAUGAAAAGCGCCUUCUCGGAUUGUUAGAAGGCCUUGGUGGCCUAGGUGGCGGCGGUGGUCCUGGUGGCAGCGGAGCAGCAAUCGAGGUUACUGGCGAGCAUGAAUGGCAAGCGCCAGGUCCAGGUGACCAGAGAGGUCCAUGUCCAGGUCUGAAUGCAAUGGCCAAUCAUGGCUACAUCCCACGAAAUGGCGUCGUGUCUUUGCUUGGAGCAGUGAACGCCAUAACCAGUGUCGUCAAUAUGAGCGUCGAGUUGGCGCUACUUCUGGCCGUGAUGGGUGUGGUAUGGACUGGCAAUCCAGUCUCGCUCGACCCCUCCUUCUCCAUCGGUGGCACAACACCAGAGGUGCAGAAUCUGCUUGGAAACGCUCUCGGGCUUCUCGGCGAGCCUCGUGGAAUUGACCACUCCCACAACUUCAUCGAAGCAGACUCAUCACCGACGAGAGACGACCUAUACGUUACCAACGAUCCAGUGACCAUGAACUUGACUAAGUUCGAGACAUUGUAUGAUUUGAUUCCGGAAGGGCAGGUAUUUACUGCGGAGGUCAUGACCGAUUUCGCGAUGAUUCGCUGGAAUGAGACGGUUGCGACCAAUCCAUACUUUUACUAUGGGCCGGUCACUGGGAUGAUCGCUCGGAAUACUGGAUACUGCUUCAUGAGGAACCUGUUCGCCAAUUAUUCCUCGGGCAAGCAAGAGUUCACACAUGAGAUCUUCAAGAGCUGGUACUCGGUGACGGGCGAUCGAGACAACUUCACGUAUACCAAGGGCCACGAGCGGAUCCCAGCGAACCUGGUGCCCAAUCCGGCUCCGUACGGCCUCGUAAAUCUGAACCUGGAUAUCGUGGCCAUGGUCCUGCGCUACCCGAUCUUUGGCAGUGUUGGCGGCAACACCGGCGAGGUUAACUCUUUCACUGGCGUCAAUCUCGGAGAUCCUGUUGAUGGCGUCCUCAAUGUGCCCCGAUUACUGGAAGGCAAUAACCUGCUGUGCUUUGCCCUCGAAGUGGUCAACUUUGCAGCGCCGAACUACCUCAACAACCUCGUCAGCACGCUCGCGGCGCCUCUGAAGAUGCUCACCGAUGCCAUCGCUGCGCCGCUUCUGAACAUGAGCUGCCCACAGCUGGGCGAGAUCACGCGUGACGGAAAGCCACUUUGGCAGUCGUUGGGCGAAGAAUUCCCGGGGGCGAACAAGAGUGGCAGCGCGAUGUAAUACUGCGGCAGGUUGCAGAAGGAGGAACGCGACGCGUGCGUGUGAGAGUGGAAGGGAAAAAUUGAUGAAUCAGCGCGAAAAUGAUGGGACGGAAACGCAGCAAAGCGCGUUUCGGGCAGAACAGCUUCAACUUCGUAGCCAGUUUCAUGGCUUCAUAAUUCAACCACAACUCGAUUUGUAUCUCGCGAAGAUGAGGCCAAGCGCACGGUGUCAGAUUGACUUCCUUACUCGAAAGCCGCUUCUGUCCUCAUGCGGAGCUACCAACACGUCUGGCAAACAUCGUUUAUCGACUAGCAAUUCCGGUCGAAAACCGCUCGAUAACAAAGAUUCGAUCUUGCGUCGAAUAGUAUUGACGAUCCGUAUCUCCCAGUUACCUGCGAAAAGCACCGAAACAUUGGCAAGGGUCGUGAAGAACACCGACGCUAACAAACGCCAUCUAAGACAUUACCAGCAGGCAGA